AUGACCAAAGCCGGCGUCCCAUCGCACAAGAUCGUCGUGGGCGUGACUAGUUACGGGAGGUCGUUCAAGAUGGCUGACGCGACCUGCCGCGGCCCAUUGUGUACUUAUCUCGGCGAGAGGAAUGAUUCGCCUGCAAAGCCCGGCCGUUAUACCGAGACCGGUGGCUACAUCUCCAACUACGAGAUCAACGAGAUCAUCAAAAAAGGGGGUGCCAUCAAGAGCUAG